AUGAGGAGUACACGAUCCAGUUCAUUUAAGUCAAAGUUCAAGAACACAGUAGAAACGGCGUUGAAUCUUGAAGACGACAAUGAUGAUUACGUUGCUGAAACUGAAGAUCAAAUUCAUGAAGAAGAACAUUUGAACCGAGAAAGAAGGUCAAAGAAAAAACUUGAUAAAUCAGUUGAACAAAAGACAACUCCUAAACCUUUAAAUGCACUAAUUUUGGAAAGAGAGAUAAGGUCGAAGAGGCAAUUUGAUAGAGUUCCAAUUGUAAAACAUUUUAAAAAUAAGGGAAUUGCUGAAAACGUCAAAGAAGAAAAAGAAGAUAAUGUUAGAAAAACAAAUAAGGAAUACCCACCUGGUUUAAGAUACCUUCCAACCAGAAUGAAAUGUGAUAACAUCACUGCAGCUGUUAUGGGAAUGUCGCCGGAACAGAAACAAGCAAUCUUGAGGAUGGGUUUUGGAUCAAUUCUGCAAGUGAAUAUUACAAGUUAUUCGGGACAACUUAGCUACUAUCUUUUAGAUGUUUAUGACGCAGAUAGUAAAAGACUUGUCCUACAAAACUCUGUUAUUGAGAUAACAGAACAAACAGUGCAUGAUAUGAUGGGGUUGCCAUUUGGUGGAGAAGACAUCAAUGAGUUACCAUUGUGUGAUAAGGGAAAUCAAAUUCUAGAAGAAUGGAGGGGACAAUAUAGUGGUGAUAAGUUCAAUGGUGAGGAGUAUUUAAGAAGGAUUCAGGCUACAACGAAGGAUAAUUUGAUGUUUAGGCUGAAUUUUUUGACCCUAUUUGUUAACAACUUCAUAGAGUCAAUGUUGAUGGGAACAAAUCAAAUAAAAGUGGUAAGGAAGUUGGUGUUGGUAGAAGACUUCUCAAAGUUAAAUUGGUGUAAAUAUAUGCUUGAUUGUUUGGGAUCUAGAAAAAAACUAUGGAAAAGGGAUGACAAAUCAAGCUACUACAGUGGUCCUAUUACACUUCUGAUUUUGGUGUACGUGUAUAACAUGAAGUAUUCUAUCAAGAUAGACAAAAGGCUUCCUUUUAUUGGGCAUAUAAAUGGUGCUAAAUUGUUAGAGGUUCAAAAAUUAGAAAUCAGUUUGGGAGGGUUCGGGAGGCAGUUUCGGGAUGAGCAUGAUGAUGUCGAUAUGGUCGAUGAAACAGGAGCUGAAGAACAGCAAAUGCUAAGCUUUAAGAGGGAUUUUGGAGAUGAAGAGGCAUACGCAGCUGUUAUAGAGCAUAGUUAUGGAGUUAUUGUAACAGAGAAAAGUACUAUGGAGGUUGCGUUGAAGGAUGGGUUGUUAAAAUUCCCUCAUAGUGUGGUGCUGAAUGAGUGGAUGGAGAAAAUGAAUGAACUUUUUAAGGGAGUAUUUAAAGGGGCAGGUAACCAAAAAGUGCAUGAGCCUGCCUGCUUUAAUGAGGUAAAUAUGAAUGAUGUAGGUGAUGGCGGUGAAGGAAAUAGUUCACCUGUUAGAGGAUUGAUACUUACUGAAGUAAAUACUGAAAAGGACGACAAUUAUACCACACCUGUUGAUACGACUUCUUUAACAAUGACUCAGUUUCAUCGACUUCCAGGGGUGAAUGACGAAAUGAUCAAGUUGUUGGAGGAAACUGAGUUACAAGUGUAUAAAAAGAAAAAGCAAAUGUCAGUAAUCAGUAGGGAUAAUCUGGUAGGAAGAAAUAUAAGAGAAGCUGUUGAUAAUGCUGGAGGAUAUGAUGAUAAUGACAAAAGGGAAAAACGUAUUCCUAAAAAAGCAAAAGUAUUUAAUUCGCCCUAUAUUGAAAGAAUUGUUAAGGUUGGGGAAAAACUGUCUAAGGAUGAAACAUGGAUAUGCAAUUCAGUUUUUGCAUCUACAAGAGAUGAUGGGGAUGAGAUUUGGGACAUUGGAACAGAAGAUAUAUUGAAUGAGCUAAAGUCGGAAGAUAUGAAAUGUAGGCUUUUUGCUACUUUAUUGCGAAUCUACACUAAGAAAUUUGACGUGAAGCCAAGUUUUAGAGACGUUGCACUUGUUUUCUUCCCAAUAGUUGAUGAUGGAAAGUAUUACUUACUCAUCUUUGAUCUGAGAUCAAGUUUGUACUACAUAGUAGAUCAUGUGAAGAGAACAGGAACUUUGGAAAGAAACACGUGUGAUGAACAUAUCUUGGCUAGUCGAAAAAGCUGGAACAAAUGUGGAAUAUACCUCAUGAGGCAUAUGGAAACGUACAUGGGGGAAUAUGAAGGGCGUUGGGAGUGUGGUCUUACAGGUAAAAUGCCUGCUAAUGUGAGUGCUACAAUUAAGCUAAGGACAAAAUACAUGGCAAGAUUGUUGACAUCUGAUUUCAAUAAGUUCAAGAGUAUGAUAGUUAAAGAUAUUGAAGCGUUUCGUAAGCUUGAUAUUUUGGAACAAGAUAUGCUUCUAAGAGAGUCAGCUGAAAACAGGAAGAAAAAAAGAAAAACAAAGGGUCGUAGGUAA